UGUUUGAAAUUUCGCGCUAAAAUUUCAUGCGCGCGACCUUCUUCGUUCGAGCGGCAGCACGAGGGAGACGCAGCGGCUGAGAGGACCGAACUCCGUUGCUCUUCAUGCAGCCAUGCGAGCUCAGGGCGACGAUCUCUGCCUUCUUCCGUCUUCUCGACUGCUCCCCGAACGCCAGAAGUCUUCGUCACCUGCACGCCCGUUUGCUGCGUAACGGCCUCUACGACAACGUGGUGUUGAGCUCGAAGCUCGUCCUUAUGUACUCCAAGCAUGGUCGGCUCCUCCCAGACGCGUACUCUGUCUUUCUCCACAUGCCCAACAGAAACAUAUACUCUUGGAACAUUAUUAUCGGCGAGCUUUCCCGCGCCGGGCUGGCAAGAAAAUCGAUUUCCGUCUUCACCCAGAUGCUGGAAUCCAGCCAGAAGCCGGACGUUUUCACGCUUCCCCUUGUGUUACGAGCAUGUGCGAUCGACACCAACCUGAGUUUGGGGCUUCAGAUUCAUGGGUUUUGCUCGAAAGCGGGAUUUGAGAGAAAUCUCUACGUUGCGUCGGCUUUGGUGUUUCUGUACGCUGGACUGGGCAGAAUUGUCGAUGCAAGGAAAUUGUUUGACGAAAUGCCUGUGCGAGAUUCUGUGCUGUGGACGACCAUGGUGUCAGGGUAUGCGCAGAGCGGGUUGGUGGAGGAGGCUGUGGAGAUAUACAGGGCGAUGGCUGCGGAGAAUUUGGAACUCGAUGAAGUUGUGAUGGUGAGCUUACUUCUGGCGUGCAGCCAGUUGGGUUGCUUGAGACAUGGGAGGAGUGUUCAUGGAUGGGUUGUCAGGAGGUUUUCCAGAUGGGGUUUGAGUUUGGGGAAUGCCUUACUGGAUAUGUAUGUUAAAAAUGGAAAUUUCAGGGUUGCUGGUUACCUUUUCGAUGAAAUGCCGGAGAGAGAUGUUGUUUCUUGGAGCACGAUGGUUGUUGGGUAUGGGAUUCAUGGGCGUGGAGAAGAGGCAUUUGAGUUGUUCCAGAGGAUGAAGGUGGCGAAGGUUAAUCCAAAUUCCGUCACUUUCAUUGGUGUUCUGUCUGCAUGCGCGCACGCUGGUAUGGUUGAUGAAGCGCUGCAAUGUUUUAGAAUGAUGGAGAGGUUUGGUAUUGUGAGCGAGCUAAAACAUUACGCUUGCAUGGUGGAUACAUUGGGUAGAGCUGGACUCUUAAAGGAAGCUGAGAAGUUCAUAUCGGAGAUGCCAAUGGAUGCUGAUGGAGCUGUUUGGGGUGCGCUGCUGGCAUCUUGCAGAGUGCACGGUAAUGUGGAUGUGGGUGAGAGGGCGGCAAGGAAGCUGCUUGAGUUGGAGCCUUGUAGAGCAGGUUACCAUGUUCUGCUGGCCAAUAUGUACGCUGCUGCUGGAAGGUUUGAGGAUGCAGGGAGGGUGAGAGAUUGUAUGAAGGAGACAAAUGUAGUUAAAAAUCCUGGGUGUAGCUCAAUAGAGUUAGGAGGUUCAGUAUGAGUUUGGAUAUUGAAUAAUUGAAGGAUUGAGAAUGACCACGAAAAGAUUACUAGACGCUGCGUGGUUAGGGACGAAAGCAGAGUAAUUGGAAGCUCUUCAGUUUCAUACAUCAACCUUCCAUGUAGAAUCAUAAUAGAAGUAAAGUUGAAAACGUUGGGCACAGGAGGCUUCGCCUUGCACCUGCAAUUAAUUGGAUUGUAGGAACCACAGAGUUUGAGGAUAAACAUUUUCAGAUAGAAGCAAUGACUUUGGGUGGUCUAGUUGCGGACAUGUUUGUAUUGCCUCACCUACUUACUAACAGUAUACCGCGUGGGAUUCUUCGAGACGUACCAAAAGCCCACAGCUGCAGAAGCAUGAGAUGCGUGGCAGUGACAAUGAGUAAUAUAUUGGAUAUUCGGUGCCAUAAUUCUAGUGCGCGUUUGAUGGCCCUGGAAUUGAAACCGGGGAGAAGGGAAUUGAAACCGGGGAGAAGAAUUCCGGUUUUCAAAAGUUGUCAUCGGUCAUCAAAGGCAGCAUUUUUAUGCCGGUUCGUAUUGCGGGAAAACCAUAUCGCCAUUUCAGGGUUGCGAUCCUCCCCCUCUUCGCAGCAGUCGCUUCCUCUUCGCGGCCGCGCCUGCCUCCUCUUCUGCAUCCCCGCGUUUCAAUUUCCUGCUCCGGCUGCAUCCGGUUUCUCCGGCGGCAUUCUGUUUCUCCGCUGUGGUUGUUCGAGCACAUCAGAUAUGAAAGAUUCUGGGAUAUCAAGGGGUGAUGCUGCUUUGGAAUGGUGAACAAAUGGAGUAUUUAGUUCAACUUUUACUGGAGCAGGCACAAACACCUGGUAUAAGAUCAAGGAGAGGGCUAAAGAAAAGGCAUAUUUAGUGAUUGAGAAGAAAAUGAUUGAAAAGUAUGGGCCUGCUUUCACAAAGGAGAAUAAAAAAUAGCUUAAAGUCUGGAAAACAAAGUUUAACAAUGUGCAAAGAGAUUUUGAAUACGAAUGGGUUUAGUUUGGACCCUAAUGAUAAGUGUAUCGCUGUUGAUCCUAGUGUUUGGGCAGAGUACUUUCAGAUAGAAGAAAAUAGAAGAACAAACAAGCAUGGAAAUACUAUGAAGAAUUUCUAUUUUCUAGAGAUAUUUGGAGACUCUAAUGCCACUGGUGACUACAAAGAUACAUGCAGUAGCAUGUCCAUGAGUGAGGGUAGCGAUUCUGUCCAUUCCACACUGGCAAAUCAAAAAAAGGAAAUUGCAAAAUGGUGAUCAUUACUUGACAUUGUUGAAUGACAUAGCCAACAAUGUGCAGGCAAUUGUACAAGGUUCUUCUAAUUACCGAUAUGGUGUUUGUGCCAAAAAUACUGGAAGCUAUGCGUGCUGCAGGGGAAAUAGAUGAUAUCCAUAUAAGAGCUCUUGAAAUGUUAACGGACAACCACACACUAGUCUUCACCAACCUUGACCCUGAGAUGCGGCUGUCUUGGCUGAUGAAAAAGCUAUCACGAAUUUUAGGUAAAACCAUCCACUGAGGGACGUGGGUUAGUGCUAUCACCUCUGGCACAGGCGGUUUUCCACAGAUCAGGUCCAAGGGCCACGGCAGGAAGGCCAUCCAAGGCACAUUAUCUACAUGAUGAACAACCCCCAAAGUCUCAAGAUCCAUCAGAUCCCAACUAGAUGGACCCUGCAAAAAUUUGUUAAGCCAUAAUCUGUAGAUGAAUGCUACAAAACUGACGGUUGACACGGUUUCAAGCUCCGAGCCGUUUCAUUCAUUAUGGGAGAAACUUCACACUUGCGUCUUGAGCAGAUUCAUGUACAACCGUAUCAGUAUAAGCCGGGUCGCCACAGAUACAUAUUCUAACAACUUAAUGUGCGUGCUAUCAGGUUUCGUAACUCACGCAGCGUUGUGUAACUCAACAGCCCUCAUUUGCUUGUCAGCCGGAUCAAGUUCGAAUCCUAUCAUUAUUUUUCUUGAGCUUUUACACGGUGUUGUUCUUUUAAGGUUCCGUAGUGUGAUCUUAUUCUUACCAUAGCGAGUGUUAAAAACGAGUGAUCCAUUUUUCUUGUUCUUUUUUUUCUCAGGAAAGUUCAUAAAUUUAUUAGUUCAUGCUUAAAGGGAAGAUGCAUAUUUAUGAGAUCACAUUUUGUCAUGUUUUCCAGUAUUAAAUAAAAGGAGCGUCCUCCUGUUUAUAAAGCGGCCCGUCCACGCCGUAGCCGCUGAGGUAGACGUCGUAGACGUGGGCGGCGAGGUGGUGGGCCUCCUCCUCGUUGGGCAGCCGGUAGGUGGCGUCGAAGCCGCCGAUGGAGAGCAGGACCUUCACGUUCACGCUCUGGCAGUACUCGAUCUCGGAUUGCAGGUACUUGCAGCCGCCGGAGGAGGCCUCGCAUCUGUUAGACGUUACACAAAUCCAGUCUAUAUAUGCAAGUUGUAUCUUUCCAAGAUCUCGCUCAUUUUUCUGAGGAUGAGAUGCUGGACGUUAUGCUCACUUGUGUAUAAAUAUUGUAAUUUGUUUACAAUGCAAUUAAUCAAAAUCUGGUUUUCGCCGGUU